AUGCUUCUCUUUUCUCUAAAAAUUCUCUCUUUUACUCUCCCAACAACCUCGCUCAAAUUUCAAGUUCGUAACUUUAAUGCAACCCAGGUUCCAUUUUCCAAACACCAUGAUUACUUUAAACUCUCACUCCACGAUACUAGAAUCCUGCAAUGUCUUUCCCAACAUAGAGUUCAGGAAGCACGCCAACUGCUCGAUAAAUUGUCUGACAGAGAUGGUAACCGCCGAAAUAUUGUUCAUUGGACUUCGUUGCUCACAAAGUACUCAAAAUCUGGCUUUAUUGAUGAAGCUCGCGGGCUUUUCGAUAUCAUGCCUGAGAGGAACAUUGUUACUUUUAAUGCAAUGUUAUCGGGCUAUGUUCAGUCAAGGAGAUUCUUUGAAGCUUUUCAAUUUUUUGAGGUGAUGCCAGAGAGAAAUGUGGUCUCUUGGACAUCCAUGCUUUGUGGAGUGGCAGAACUAGGGAGGGUUGAUGAGUUGUGGAGCUUGUUUGAUGCAAUGCCGGAGAAGAAUGUCGUUUCUUGGAAUGCUAUGGUAUCUGGGUUGAUUAGGAAUGGUGACUUGAAUGGUGCAAGGCUUGUUUUUGAUCGAAUUCCGGAUAAGAAUAUAGUUUCUUGGAAUAUUAUGAUUGCAGGGUACUCUGAGAAUUGUAGAAUGGAAGAAGCAAAAGCUCUUUUUGAUGAGAUGAAAGAUAGGAAUGUUGUUACUUGGACUAGUAUGAUAUCUGGUUAUUGUAGGUCUGGCUAUGUGGAUGAAGGGUAUUCUUUGUUUCAAAUUAUGCCUGAAAGGAAUGUCAUUUCUUGGACAGCAAUGAUUGGGGGUUUUGCUUGGAAUGGCUUCUAUGAAGAAGCCCUUUUGCUUUUUGUUAAUUGGAAAGGGAGUUUUGACUUGAAACCAAAUGAAGAGACUUUCAUAUCACUUGCUUAUGCUUGUGCUGGGGUGGGUUGGCCUUGUCUUGGUAAGCAAUUACAUACUCAGAUAAUUAUUAACAGUUUGGACAACAAUGACUAUAAUGGCAGGUUAAGUAAGAGUCUUGUUCACAUGUAUUCUGCAUUUGGUAACAUGAAAUUGGCCUAUAUCAUCUUUACCAUGAAUUUAAAUAACCUUACUGUUCAAUCUUAUAAUUAUAUGAUUAAUGGUUACAUACAGACUGGAGAAUUAGAAAGGGCUCACAGUGUGUUUGACAUGGUACCUAUCCGAGAUAAGGUCUCUUGGACUUCAAUGAUAAGUGGAUAUUUCAGUGUUGGAGAAGUUUCAAAGGCUUGUCAUCUGUUUUCGAACAUGCCAGACAAAGAUGCAGUGGCAUGGACAACUAUGAUUUCAGGACAUGUUCAAAGCGAGCUUUUCAAGGAAGCAAUAGAUAUAUUUUCUGAAAUGCGGGUUCAUGGUGUUUUACCAUUAAAUUCCACAUAUUGUACUCUCAUUGGAGCCAUGGGUGCAAUGGCGUAUCUUGAUCUUGGAAGGCAGUUUCAUUGCCAGGUGAUAAAAACACAGUAUAAGUUUGAUUUGAUUCUUGACAAUUCAUUGAUUUCAAUGUAUGCCAAAUGUGGGGAGAUAAAUGCUGCAUAUAGCAUAUUCUCAAAUAUGGUUUUUCGGGAUUCGAUUUCUUGGAAUUCAAUGAUCAUGGGGUUUUCAAAUCAUGGACUGGCAAAGAAAUGUAUGGAGACCUUUGAAACAAUGGUGGAAUCUGGGACUCUUCCGAACUCUGUAACUUUUUUGGGUGUUUUAUCAGCUUGUAGCCAUGCAGGACUUGUGAGUAGAGGGUGGGAAAUUUUCAAUGCCAUGAACAAUGUUUAUGAUGUUCAACCAGGCUUGGAACAUUACAUAUGCAUGAUUGAUCUUCUAGGCAGGGCCGGGAAAGUAAAAGAAGCCUAUCGGUUUGUGUUGAAGCUACCUUUUGAACCAGAACAUACUGUAUGGGGAGCAUUGCUUGGAGUAUGUGGCUUAGGCGAGACAAAUGCCAAGAUUGCUAGACAGGCAGCCAAACGAUUACUUGAACUCGAUCCUCUAAACGCUCCUGCUCAUGUGACGCUUUGUAAUAUUUAUGCAGCAAAUGAUGAGCAUGAAGAGGAGAAAAUGUUGAGGAAGGAGAUGGGAUUGAAAGGUGUGAGAAAGUUUCCUGGAUGUAGUUGGAUACAGAUGAAAGGGAAAGUUCAUGUAUUUCUUUCGGGGGAUAAAGCACAAGAACCAGAAGUGGAUAACAUGUUGUUGAUCUUGUUCAAUACUGUUGGUGAAUCCUAAAGUGAAAACUAUGGUCAUAUAGUAAGUAAAAGACAAGCAGCUAACAAAAACGUUUUAUUUUGAUGGAAAAUGUAAGAUAUAUACACUUGUAGCUUCGAAAACAAAAAAAAUAGAUAGUUCUAUGCAAUUGCUCAAACACAUUUGAGAUGUUCUAUUAUACCAGACAUAAAAUCUACUAGAUCAUUGUUCCAGUCUCAAAA